UAGACAGCCCAUAGAGGCAGACAAUGAGUACUGUCUCAUUCCCCAAUUCCUCACCAACACCAUUAGCUUCACUCUCCUAAGCUCUCUCUCUCUCUCUCUCAAAAACACAACAAACUAAAGAAAGGGGACAACAUUAAUGGGGUUUCUUAAUAAUCUAUUCGACAAGUUUGAGAUAAGCACAAACAAAAGCCGCAACAAACACAAAAACUUGCAGACAGUGGAAAUCAAGGUAAAAAUGGACUGUGAUGGUUGUGAGAGGAGGGUGAAAAAUGCUGUUUCUCUCCUUAAAGGAGUGAAAACAGUGGAGGUGAACAGAAAGCAAAGCAGGUUGAUAGUAACAGGUUUUGUUGAGCCAAAGAGGGUGUUAGAGAAGGUGAGAAGCACAGGGAAGAGGGCAGAGUUUUGGCCCUAUGUUAAGGUUGAUUUAGUGUCUUAUCCUUACGUUUCUGGUGCCUAUGACAAGAAGGCUCCAUCUGGUUAUGUCCGAAAUGUUCCUCAUGCUGUUAAUCCAACCCCAGACACUGAGAGGUUCAUCUCCAUGUUCAGUGAUGAUAACCCUAAUGCCUGUUCCAUCAUGUGAUAAUAGAUCAUUUUUCGCUCUCGAUAUAAGUUCAGAUCAGAGUUUAAUUUAGUUAUGGACUUGUAACGUUUUGUCAUUUAUUACUAGUUUUGUAUAUCGUCACAUUUUUAGUUUUUGACCCGAACAUUGAUAGUAGUAGUAUAGACAAAAUUUUCUCUCUA